GGGCCCCUUGCUCUCCUCUUGCCACAACCUCCCUCUGCCCUCAAAGUCCCCUCUUCUCCCCCUUCCAGGCUCUCACGCUCCAGGAAUGGGAUGUGGCUAAGGAAUAAGAUUGUCAUGGUAUGACGUGGGUAGCGGCCACUUCACAGAUAAAGUUUGCCCAGGGCAGGGAAACCUCAAGUUGGGUCCUCAUAAGAUGAUUAAGAAUUCCACAGAGCAGCCAGGUGUGGUGGCACAGCCAUGGGAUCCCAGCUGCCUGGGAGGCUGAGGCAGGAGGAUGGCCUUCAUGGAUAACGGCACCUUUGAUUACCCCUACGACUACCCGGAGGGCACCCUGAACCCUGACACACCUGUGGACAACACUUCCUAUAACCUGCGACCUACGGACAUCAUAGCUUUGGUCAUCUUUUUGGCGGUCUUCCUAGUGGGUGUGCCGGGCAAUGCCCUGGUGGUCUGGGUGACAGCAUUCGAGGCCAAGCGAACCAUCAACGCCAUCUGGUUUCUGAACUUGGCAGUGGCUGACCUCCUCUCCUGCCUGGCACUGCCGGUCUUGUUUGCAUCUGUCAUACUGCAAAGCAACUGGCCCUUCGGGGAGGCGGCCUGCCGGAUCCUGCCGUCCCUCAUCCUGCUCAACAUGUACGCCAGCAUCCUGCUCCUGGCCACCAUCAGCGCAGAUCGCUUCUUGCUGGUGUUCAAUCCCAUCUGGUGCCAGAACUUCCGCGGGGCGGGCUUGGCCUGGAUCGCCUGCGGCGUGGCCUGGGGCUUGGCCCUGCUCCUGACCAUUCCCUCCUUUCUGUACCGCACGCUGCACGAGGAGCAUUUCCCACACAGGAUCAUAUGUGGCGUGGACUACGGGAGCAACGGCCGGCGCAAGGAGAGGGCCGUGGCCAUCGUGCGCCUGGUGGUGGGCUUUCUGUGGCCGCUCUGCACCCUCAAUAUCUGCUACACCUUCCUCCUGAUCCGCACGUGGAGACGCAAGGCCACGCGCUCCACCAAGACGCUCAAGGUGGUGGUGGCCGUGGUGACCAGCUUCUUCAUCUUCUGGCUGCCCUACCAGGUGACAGGGAUGAUAAUGGCUUUGUACCCCAGUUCCUCGUCCAUCUUCCUGCGGGUGCGCAAGCUGGACUCCCUGUGCGUCUCUGUCGCCUAUCUUAACUGCUGUAUCAACCCCAUCAUUUAUGUGGUGGCGGGCAGUGGCUUCCAGGGCCGCCUGCGCAGGUCCCUCCCCAGCAUUCUCCGCAACGCUUUGACCGAGGAAUCCCAGUGCCGGGAGAGCAAGUCUUUCACGCGCUCCACCAUGGACACCCCGUCCCAGAAGACCCAAACGGUGUAAGGGGGGGGGAUUCCUCUGCCACUACGCACCCCAGGGUCCCCCUUCCUUGACAGCCAUUAUUUUUCUGCUUUUUUUUUUUUUUGGUACCAGGGAUUGAACCCAGGGACACUCUACCACUGAGCCCCACCUCCAGUCCUUUUUAUUAUUAUUUUUUAUUUUGACACAGGAUCUCCCUAAGUGGCUUAGGGCCUCCCUGAGUUGCUGAGGCUGGCCUGGAACUUGAGAUCCUAGUGCCUCAGCCUCCUGAGCUGCUGGAAAUUUGCGAGUUCACUUAAAUAAAAGCUUUAAGUUAACCUGCUAUAUAAUUGGAGCACUUUUAAAAAGUAGUAAGUGAAAAGAUGUCAUGUGGUUGUGGCGAAAUGGAGGAGGAAGACUGAGAUGGGCAGACACACCUCCAGUGGUUAUCUCCCGGAAGUGGAGUAAUAGAAGAAUGUGACUUUUUUGCUUUAAAACCUGCUGUUUUUUUUUUUUUUUUUUUGGUGUGUGUGUGUGUGUGUGGGGGGGGGUGUUGGGCAUGGAACCCAAGGCCUUGUGUAUACUAGGCAGGUGUUCUCCACUGAGCCACACCUCCAGCCCUACACUUUCUUUUUCUGUUGACUUCUGUUUUUUAGGUGUUGAUGGACCUUUAUUUUACUCAUAUAUUUAUAUGUGGUGCUGAGAUUCGAACCCAGUGCCUCACACAUGCUAGGCAAGUGCUCUACUCCUGACCCACAACCCCAGCCCCUUCUGUGGACUUUUUAUUGCAGAUUCAAUGUUAUAAGAAAUAGGAGAGAGGGAGCCUGUGGUUCUUCACAUCGGAAUGUCGAGCUUGACACAGCCAAGGGUCCAGGGACAUCCCCAUCACCACCGGGAACCCUUCAGUGGUCGUGCCCACCCACCUCCCCAUCCCCAGCCUUGUCCGAACCCCAGACAACAGCCAGUCCACCCUCCAUGCCUGCAAUCUUGUCAUUUCAAGAACCGUUUUCAAUAGAAUCCUACUCUGUCUAACCCUGCAAGCUUUUUAAAAGCAGCCUGCAUGACUUGUGUGAUCAAAUAAAGAAUGGAUAUGGAAA